AAUCUACUGUAUGUGCUGUACGUAAGGACAGCUUUUACUAUUUUGAUGUACAUACUCAGUGAGACAUUUGAGAGAGCUUUGUGGGCAUCAGCUCACACAAGUUCUUUUUUGGACUGCUAGUGUGUUCACAGUUUUGGAAACCUUUUAGACAUUUCGCCUUGAGGAUGUUGAGAAAGUUUGCCAGCAUCUUUCAUAUUUGUCUGUUGACUGACCAUUACCAGAAAACCACAAUGUUUGUUUUAUGUGCUGACGUGAUGUCAGAAGUGUUUCCUCUUACCACAGAAUAGGAGUUUUCUUGCCACCGUGUGGAAGUGGAGCAUCUAAAACUUACUUACCAUGUAUAGCAGUAAACGUGCUUACUAUGCCUCUGAAACAGGUCAUAGUUGCAUUUUAUUCACAAAAUUGUGCCACCAACUGGACUCUACAUGCUUCUGUAGCAUUUAUUUUCUCCAAAGCAGUGAUAUAAAAGUAGUGCAUGAAGUCUUCCAUGUGGAAGGCACGUAACCUUCAGAGAAAUGACGAGAUGUCGUGGAAACGUCACUAUUAUCCUGUCUGUCUUGAUUAAAUCUCACUGAUAUUCUCAGUGGUUUUGCAUGUUGUUUGAUCAUUCAGAUAUUCACUAUUAGCAUAAAGUCAAAUAAAUGUGCAGCUGGCAAAUUGUUUCUAAGAAAUAAAAGAUGUUUUUCAAGGCAUGUUAUCAAUUAAAUUCAUAUUUUCACUAGAUUAGUUGUGCCAGUGAAAAUGAAAGAGGCAUGAAUGCAGGAUCGAAGAAGGUGAAGAUUUGGCUUUGAUAUUCCCAUCAGAUAAAGGCUGUAGAUUUGUCACAAAUGGAGAGACAGAAUCUAGUGAGGUUUCCUAACAGUUGUUCUAUGUAGUGUGCAGCUGACAUAUUUCCAGGUAUGGCUAUGUAAGAAUAAUCAGGGUGCAACGACAUGAUGAUGAUGGGUUUUUUUAUGUCCACUCCAUUUUUCACCUGAAGACUACAAUCAUAUGUGGAGGCAGCUAGAGUAUUUACAUGCUAAAAUGUAUCUCAGCUAAUUUACAAAGCUAAAGAAAAAAAAUACUGGAAGUCUAAAGUCCUGUAGCUGCAGCCAGAGACUGUGAUGUUCAUUACACCACAUGUUCGGGUUGGAUCAUGGAGCAGACAGAGUCUUUUCUCUAGGGUGGCUGAAAGUGAACUUAUGAGGGUUGCACCAAAUGGAAAGCCUUUGAUGAAAACAUGGGAUUGAUUAUUGACUUACAGUUUGGUGCGUUUAAGGGAUGGUGGGAAGCUCCAAUUGUCCAGCUUUCAAACUAAGUCCUGAGAAUUAGGUGGCAAACUGCAACCCUUUAUCGCGCAGGAAAUGAUUUAAGUUAGCUAAAUGCCAAAUAUGAUGCAUUUUCAAUUCUUAGCAUGUUCACAUUGGCAUCUCAGCAUUCCAUCAUAGCAUUAAACAUAUUAGGUAAUAACUGAGUUAUUUUGAGGUAUACUGUCAUGAACUGAAGUGACAGGUGGACAUUUAUUUUAUUAUAAAUUUCAUGUCAAUCCAGUUUGUUAAGAUAUAGCUAGAAAAAUGCUAGCUAAAAUGCUAGCUAAAAUUGAUGCUUUUACAAAUGACCAGCAGUACAUUUUUUAGUAAAUGUGCAAAAACACAUUUAAACACCUCCUUAAAAUUGGACACAUGCAGAUACCUAAACAUACAAAAAUCUGUUUCAAAUUAGCAUUCAGUUUCCUUAUAACAAUCCAUCCCAUAUGUAGUUUCUAAUGAAAAUAAAUAGUUUGGGCUUUAUCUAAUGGCCCACAACAGCAGAACAGCUCUGGGAUGCACAUUUAUUGUGUGUGGCCAUAUAUUUGGGACUCUAUAGGCUUUUAGGCUUCUCAGGCUGUGGUUUGAUCCGUCAAUAAAUGACGCCCACACAGAAUGUUUUGGAUUAAACAUGAUGUUCUAAUUAUAAGAUAAUACUUUCAGGAUUUGCAUCCUGUUUUAAUUCAGACUUUCUUUGUGGCGCAUUCAGAGAGACACACACACACAGAAAACAAAGCUGUCUUGACAGAUAGAUUGAAUAUGGAUUGUAAGGAUGUUUGGUCAUUGUUUGAUCAUAACUGUAUGAUAAAUCACUGAUAAAUCCAACAUCAAAGUUUUGAGACAGACAUUGUUUUCGUGGGAACUUUUUAAUUUCCCCCACCAAUUACUACUACUUUGGAUACAUUCACAAGGAUGGAUUUCCAUUUAUAAAUAAUGACGACAACACAGACUGAUAGAGAUAGCUUCUUGAACAUAGGAUCACUUGGAGAAAUAGAGUAUAUCAAUACACAAUAUACACCUUCUGUUGCAUAUUUGUUCUUAUGUUUAGACUAAAGGUUGUUUUUUGUCCAAAGAAUGUUCUGCUGUGACUAAAAAUCUGGCAAAUCCUUUGUGCAAAAGAGUCCCAUCUGUGUAUCCUCAGGUUCCCUCUCCUCCUAAAUGGGAUGUAAUUGUUUAGUGAUUAAGGUCUAUUACUUGCUGAACGACUUCCAUUUUCAAAUCAGCACAUUAUCUCUUACUUCCUCAAAGGGACUGGGGAAGCAGAGUGAGGAAAAAAAACAAACAUUAUUUCUGUAAUUCUGCCUCAAAUUUUCCUGCUCCAGUGGAGGAUAUGAAUGACGAGGCCCAUUCUGAAAACAGAAGAUGAUAAUGAUGCUCUUCUGUCUGCAGGCGCCAGCACAAACAUAUGUUAACUUUCUCCACAGCUUGAACACUGUAAUUAACAAAGUGGUGAGUACCUGGAAUGGGCAGGAACAGAGAAAGCGAAAAAAAAAAAAAGAAGAUGAUUGUGAACAAAUAACGGGGUUUGUCACACUUUGUAUAUGUUGAAAUAUUCAGCAUAUAAUGCACAAAAGCACACAACUUAAUAUUUUAAACUAUACCUCAGUUGAAUUGUUUUAUCUGAGAAGCAACACACCGCUAAUUAUGUCGUCUAGUCUGGUUCGUUAAAUUUUCUAUACCUUAACCCCCCACCCUCUCCAUAACCUCCACAGCACAAUAAACAGCAAGCCAGACUUUGAGUGGCCGUGCUAAUGAUAAGGCAUGACAUAGUAAGGGAAAACAAGGUUGUUAAAAAGCAGAUGUCUGCACCGGUUCACAGAUGGAAUUGAUAUUGACAUGGCUGGAGGUGAUAUGUUGUAGUGUAGGUUGUGCAUGCAAAGUGGAAAAAUGUAUGUGCUUUAAUGAGCCUGGGUGGCUGGGGCUGCAGCUGCGGAGAGAGGGGGAUAUUUACUCUAUACCAACAACAUAUUCCACUCAGUCUGAGAAAGACACACGCAACGUGAGCAAGGGAGGAGGCAUCAUCUCUGAUCAACCAACCGUGAUCAUGCGGACAGUGGUGCUCCUCCUCAUAAUGGGAAUAGUGGAUCUGAGCAUCAGUCAGCAUUACAGCCAGUUCCAGUGGUUGUCCCAGCUGCGAGGGCGGCGGCGGUAUGCCGGCUGGCAGGCUGACGACGUGGACUGCCCCCUGGAGUGCGACUGCCCUUCAAUCUACCCCACGGCUAUGUAUUGUAACAGCCGCAACCUUCAGCACGUUCCCUACGUUCCCUCACAUAUAAAGUACGUCUACCUGCAGCGUAACCAGAUCACAGGCAUCCAGGAUGGCGUGUUUGACAAUGCUACCAGCUUAGUCUGGGUUGUUUUGUUUCACAACCAGCUCAACUCAGACAAGAUCGGCAAGAAUGUCUUCAGCAAGCUCAAGAACCUGGACCGGCUGUUCUUGGAUCACAAUGAGCUCACCCGUGUUCCUCCCAACUUGCCCAAGUCUAUCACGGACCUGCGGCUUGGUCACAACAAGAUCUCAAAAAUCCUCUCCAACUCAUUCGAGGGGAUGGCCAACCUCACCAGCCUUCAGCUCCAAGCAAACGCCUUAGAGGACAUUGGAGGUGUGUUCAAGGGACUGAAGUCUCUGACCCUGCUGGACAUGAGGAAAAACAAGCUGAGGAAAAUCCCAGACAAUCUCCCGGAGAGGCUGCAGCAGCUAUACCUGGAGUUUAAUAACAUUGAGAGUGUGCCGGCGGGCUUCCUUAUUAUGUAUCCCAAACUGCAGUUUGUCCGGUUGUCUCAUAACAAGCUGACUGAUAAAGGACUUCCCUCCAAUGUCUUCAAUAUAAGCACGCUGGUCGAGCUUGACCUUGCCUUCAAUAAACUGGAGAAGAUCCCCAUUGUCAGUAGGAACCUGGAGAACCUUUAUUUACAAGCCAAUAAGAUCAAAGAGUUCUCCUUGAGCAGUUUCUGUGGACAUGGCAUAGACAUGACAAACUUCUCCAAGCUGAGAAUGCUGCGUUUGGAUGCCAAUGAGAUCAGUGCCAAAGACAUUCCUGCUGAAGCUGCCUACUGUUUGCGGCGUGUUGCCUUUAUCGAUGUGUAAUGCUUCCUGAUAUCUCUCACUGAUGAUGUCUCCACUCAUCCAGGGUGUUGCUUUCCCUGCAACACCCCUACCUUUUGUCCCAUGUCACUAUAUUUAUCUUAUAUUGUUCACAGUCCUCUCUAUCAAUGCAUUUUUGAGAUAAUGUGUCCUUUAACUGUUAUGAGAGCUACUAUUAUUAAUCCAAAUGAUUAAACAGUUCCAGUAUUAGUCAACGGGAAAUACCACAGUUGUAUAAUCACGUAUCCAGAUGACAGGCACAUGGAUGACAAAGAGCAAUGAGGAAUGGCCAGAUGACUGGCAUCCUUAAACAAACUAAUUAUAAUAUCAGUCACAGUAUUCUGGCAAAAUUAUACUGUAAGUUUAAAUAAGUCGUAACUGAUGACAACAAUUUCUUUUUGUGUCUGUUCUGGCAAAUAUAUAACCUGUAUAAAACUGCCAAUCAUCAGUGAGAGAUUCAGUUUGGAUCUUUGCCUCCACCAUGUGGCACAAGAUGAUAAAAACAGUUAAGCAGCAACAAUCCUCAAUGAUUCUGACUACUAUUAUUUGGCAAGGUCACUUUUUAAGCAAAGCUGUAUACAAUUAAUGAUGCACACUCAAAGCUGUAUUUACUGUUUGACUGUGCUGGCUGAUAAAUCUAUAGAAUAUGGUAAAUAGUAAAUGGACUGGACUUCUAUAGCGCAUUUUUACCUUAACGGACAAAGCGCUUUACAAUUUUUGCUCAUUCACACACACAGUCACACACUGAUGGCAGCAGAGCUGCCAUGCAAGGCGCUGGCCUGACCAUCUUGGGGUUCAGUGUCUUACUCAAGGACACUUGCCUCAUAUGAUAUAUAAUGUCUGUUCAUAAUUUAACAUUUAAGGUUAUAUUAUCAAGUGUUUGCAUCUAUAACUGAUGAAAAAUAUGUAUUCCUAUUCAAAUGAGCCUCUGAAUUAUCCAAAGCUAAUCAUAUACUGUUAAAUUUAAUCUAAUUGUUUUAGUUAUUUUUUGUUAGUAACUGUGUGUUGUUAUCUUAAACUCAUUCACUCUGUAAAAAUAUUUUUAGGGUGUAAUUGUUGAGCCAAUGUGUAUUGUACUGUAUAUCACACAGAAAUGUGUGUUUGACAGAAAGUUAAAAUUAGAAUUGGUAACAUCUGAAUUGACACUAUUUAAUUUGUAUCCACUUAGCCACAAAGCUAUGAAUAAUACAUUUUUGUUUGUCACUCUUUUUCUAGGAAUUCACCACUUUGUACCUUCUAUUAUUAUAGUGAAGAAAAAAAUCUAUUUCCAGAGUUAUUUGUUCCCCUGACUGUUGACAGUGGUAUAUUUUUAGCAACAACAACAUGUUGUGUUUCCUCUAAUUUGAAGGUAAAAGAGGCAGAGAGGUUGGGAGAGAGAAAAAGGGCGGCAGCCCUCUUGACAAUUCUAACUGGUCUUAGGCAGUUCCCACAUAUUUAUUGUUGAAGACAACUUGCCUUUUCAUCUUCCACAGCUGCCUUUAAUCCUCUGCAGAAAGGCACUAAAUUGAAUUAUAGAAAUACUUUCCUUGUUUUGUAAUGGAGCAAUGUCUUGGGAUGAAGAAUGGAUUUCUGCCAGUGCAACAGUGGUUUGCACACUGAUAAGUGGUAGCCUGUGAAAUUAAGUGUGUUAUAGAUCAUGUUAUAUUGCAGGCUGCACAUGGUUCUGCAGAGGCUGUGGGGUAGGGCUGUGUGUUUUUCCCCUCCUCCGCUUCCUACACAGAUUCUUCAAAAACAAAAUAGAGGCCAGCACACAUGCACACGAUCACAUGUGGGAAUCUUUUGACAGGGGAAUUGUCCAAUUCUUCUCAAACUCAGACAUUAUGCAAUUUAUUAUUAUAAAACAUUAGGCUGGACCAUCACUGAGUAAACAUGAGUGAAAGUCAUGACAACAUGAGGGAAUGCACAUGCACUGCCUUUUUUCUCUCUCUCACUAUUAUCCUGUUAUGUGCCAAUUUCAGACAGUAAUGAUUAAAUGUCGUGCACGUAUAUGAGUAAACUGUAGUAGCACGUUUUUCCCACCAAAUCCUGUCACGCCCUGUGCUUGUAAAGCUGCAGCAGCAACUGGUGUGCAUCUAUCGUUUCUUCACCUCUCUGCCAGUAACAGCUCAAUGUGUUUGACCAAUAGCAGAAUAUUCUCCAGAGUUCAUGUUGAAACUAUUCAUACUGUUUUGCAAUAAAACUGGAUAUACAAAUCCUCGGUCAUAACUUUUAAAAAUUGGUCCCGUGUUAGACUUUGUAUUGAUUAGCAAUGUGGGCUGACAAUGAGGGAAACUAAACUACUUUCUAAAGUAGAGGGAAAGAUCUCUUGCCAAAGAUAAAAGCAUUUUUGACUCCUCAUAAAGUGUUAUGUCAAACAGGAUGUAGGCUAUAAAAUAAAGAGGCCUAAAUCCUUUAAUGAGGUUAUUAGCGACUCUUUAGAUGUGAUUUCACUGUGUUCAUAUAUGAGUACACUGGUAGCUGGACAGCUGGAGAUCAUUAAAUUUUGGAUUUGAUAUUGAUGG